AGAAACUUUUUCGAAUCCGGGACAAUCGAAUCGAGCCGAUCGAACGAUUAGAUCGAUCGACGCCAGAUUCUCAUGUUCAGAUGGAACUGGUCAAAUUUUCAGAACGAAUUAAGUUUAAUUAAUAAAGUGACUUUGAUUAGAUUUAAAAUGUUUCUAGGUAUGGAAAUUCGUAGCCGCGGGGCUCGUUUGAUCGAUAAUGCAAUCGAGUGACAUGAGAGAUGCGAGCUUACCGAGUCUCCGGCAAUUCCAAACGGAACGAACUAUAUUACAGGCCUUUUGAUUCAAAGUGUAAUUAAUUGAAUAAUUAAUUAAUAAACGAUGCCACCGAAACGGAAGAAAGAGAUGAAGAAGGUUCCUCUGGAACCACUGCCAGCGAUGGAACCGGACAUACCGGAGGUGAUAGACGCUGAAGAAUCCCCCAAGCCUUUGGUAUCCGAGGUAACCGGUCAGCCGUUUGGUCCUCGGAUACGGUACGUCACCGAGAAAAUCGAGGACGAAAGCUCGGACGAUGAGCCCGAAUCGGAGAGCGACGACGAAGAGCUGAGAAUUCUGCAGGAAGAAGCGCCCGAGGUGCCCUCGGAGUUUUGGCACAUACAAAAAUUGAUCCGGUACAUGAAGGCUGGCAAUCAGACUGCCACAAUGGUUUCUGUCUGCCUCCUCAAGGAUUAUGACCUCACCAGCAGGAUCAUCCAGAGAGCCGUUCAAGAGAUUGGUGGGCUGGAGAUUUUAGUGAACUUAUUAGAGACAAAGGACUUGAAGUGCCAGAGCGGAGCAUUAUCGGUUCUGUUGCAGAUUGUCAGUUCGAAGGAUAUGAGACGGUAUCUGAUCGACCUUGGCAUUGUCACGCCGUUGAUAGAGAUGCUGCGACACCCUGCAAGAGACAUACAAGUUCUGGCUGCGGAGACCAUGGCCAUCAUUGCCCAAAUUAGGAAAGCAAGGAAACAGAUCCGACUACGCGGCGGCAUACCUCUUAUACUGGACGCGAUGGACGUGGCUGACAAAGUUCUGAGAACGCCCUAUGAGAAUCUGAACGAGACCAACAAAGAAUUAGUGGACGUGGCCAUUGGUUGCGCCAAGGUUUUGGAUUCUUUGAGCAGCAGCCCGAAAGCAAAAGAGCAGCUCCGGAAAUACGGGGUUGUCAAGCAUAUGGAAAGAUUCCUGAAGUCCUGUCACACGGCUCUGAUCGUGCCGAUCAUGGGUACCAUCCAACAGUGCGCGAGCAUGGAAUCGUUUCGCGAGGCGUUCGAGAAGACGGACAUAAUGUCGGACGUAGUGCGCCACCUACGCCGCGAGAGUCCCAGCGGCAAGGACGCUGUUGAUACAAAGUUAAAAGAGAAUUGCGCUCUGGCGAUAUUCAAGUGUGGUGCCAGCAAAGCGGCCAGGGACGUCGUGCGCGUGACAUCCGGUCUGGACGUCCUCUGUAGACUCCUGCAAAGCGAGCAGGCGUUGGAAAACAAAAGAUUGCUGGCCGCGGUUACCGGGGGCAUUUGGAAAUGCGCCAUCAGCCCGGAGAACGUUCUGCGGUUCAACCAGAACGGACUGGUCGCGCUGUUGAUACCGUUCUUAGAGGAGGACGAGGACGAGGAAGUCCAGGCAAACGUCGUGGGCGCUUUGGCCGAGUGUUGCAAGGAUCCGCAGAACAGGGACGUCCUCAGACUGAAUGAUGGCUUGCCUAAUCUCAUAAAAUUGUUGAGCUCGACGUACGAGCCGUUGUUGGAAAACGUGCCGUUAGUUAUUAAAGAGUGCGCGAAGGACGAACGGUGCAUGGACAUCAUCAACGAUCCGGAGCACGUAAACGACGGUGUGCGGCUAGUCUGGUCGUUGCUGAAGCAUCCGAGCGACAAGAUAAAGAGGAACGCGUGCCUUGCGUUGGUGCCUUGCAUAAAGUACGCGAAGGACUCGCCGGAGAUGGUGAGGGCGUUUGUGGGCGGGUUGGAGUUGACCGUCAGCCUGCUGGACAGCGGUAACUCGAGCGUCCUAAGCGCCGUGUGUGCGACGAUUGCCGAGAUCGCAAUGGACCAAGAGAAUCUGGGCAUCCUCAGCGAUCAUGGGGUCGUCGAGAAACUUGCACAUUUAGUCCAGACGGAGGACGAAGAGCUGAGGGCGAACUUGACGUUGGCCAUCGCGUACUGCUGCGACUGGGGGGAGAAUAAGUAUCAGUUCGGCGAAUUGAACGCGGUGGCACCAUUGAUCGAUUACAUGACCAGUAAAAACAAGAAGGUUCUGAGAGGUGUUUGCAUAGCGGCUUAUCAUUUGAGCAAAGAGCCCUCCAACUGUAUCACCAUGCACUCAGCUGGGAUCAUCAAGCAUGUUUUGAGGCUGGUUGGUUCGGACGACCCGGAAAUGCAGAUAGCUGCGGCGUCGACGAUUCGUAAUAUCAGGAAGCUCGCGUUAACGGCGGAGAAAUUGCACUUCAAAGAGAUAAGCACUUUGGAGGAGACCGAUUUCCUUUUAUGAUUCGUCGACCGUCGGAUCGAUGUACGCUCGUCGCCUUGUAACCAGAGUAUGUAACCAAUCAAUAAAACAAAAGAAAAACCGA